GUGGGUGUUGGUUUCCAUAGAGACAGGUUUGGGGGUGGGGUUUCCAUAGAGACAGCUUCUGAGCAGUGAGGUCCUAUAGCAGUAGGAGCUGGGCUGUUAAUUAACAUAUUAACCACAAUUACAGAUUGAAAACCUUUUCAGGCAUCACCUUUAGUUACUGUAGUAACAGCUUAGUGGUUAUUGACCGUUACUGUAAAUGGUGAUAACCUCAGGAACAAGACUGCGAGGGUACUGGUUACCUCUGUAACGGAUAUCAGGAAGCAUUACUGUGAGGCAGCUUAGUGGCAUUUCGGGUGGGCUGUUGUCUUGGUGGUCAUUACCAGAGGAGGUGGUAACCCGGGCUGGUUAUCGGAGCAGGAGGACGCGGUAACCGGGCCGGUUAUCGGAGCAGGAGGACGCGGUAACCAGGGCCGGUUAUCGGAGCAGGAGGACGCGGUAACCGGGUCGUUUAUCUGAGCAGGAGGACGCGGUAACCGGGCCAGGCUCUCGGAGCAGGAGGACGCGGUAACCAGGGCCGGUUAUCGGAGCAGGAGGACGCGGUAACCUGGCCGUUUAUCGGAGCAGGAGGACGCAGUAACCGGGCCGGUUAUCGGAGCAGGAGGACGCAGUAACUGGGCCGGUUAUCGGAGCAGGAGGACGCGGUAACCGGGCCAGGCUCUCGGAGCAGGAGGACGCGGUAACCGGGCCAGGCUCUCGGAGCAGGAGGACGCGGUAACCGGGCCGGUUAUCGGAGCAGCCGGAGUCCAGCCUGUGGCGGGGAGGCUGUCGAGUUAUGGCUGUGGAACUGGAUGUCUUUGUGGGGAAUACGACGCUGAUCGAUAAGGACGUGUAUCAGCUCUGGCUGGACGGGUACUCAGUCAGCGAUGCUGUCAGCAUUCGGAUCCCGAGUGGUAUCUUGGAGCAGACGGGGGCUACGCCUGAUGUGCUGGAGAGUGACACCAUGGACCAUUAUCGGGCCUUCCAGAUGUUAGAGCGCCUGCUGCACAGCCCCCCCAAACUGAUCAACCAGCUCCUCUUCCAGAUCCCACCGCCCAUGCAGGCGUUGCUCAUCGAAAAGUAUUACACCUUUGAUGAGCCGUUUGUGCGGGAGGUUCUGGGUAAGAAACUGUCCAAGGGGACCAAGAAGGAUCUGGACGAUGUCAGCGCAAAGACGGGGAUCACUCUGAAGAGUUGUCGGAGACAGUUCGAUAACUUCAAGCGUGUGUUCAAGGUGGUGGAGGAGAUGAAGGGCCCACUGGUGGAGAACAUUCAGCAGAACUUUCUGCUCUCGGACCGGCUGGCCAGAGAUUACGCCGCCGUCGUCUUUUUUGCCAACAAUCGGUUUGAGACUGGCAAGAAGAAACUGCAGUACCUGACGUUCGAGGACUUUGCCUGCUGCGCCGAGCAGCUCAUUCAGAACUGGACGCUCGGGGCGGUGGACAGUAUGGUUGAUGAUAUGGACGUUGACCUGGACAGAGAGUUCCUGCAGGAUCUGAAAGAUCUCAAGGUCCUCAUCACCGAUAAGGAUCUCCUGGAUCAACACAAAAGCCUGGUGUGUACCGCACUGAGGGGGAAAGUCAGCACCUUCUCUGAAAUGGAAGCUAACUUUAAGAACCUCUCUCGGGCUUUGAUUAACAUCGCCGCCAAGCUUAUCCACACCAAGGACGUCCGCGACCUCUUCAUUGACCUGGUGGAAAAGUUUAUCGAACCGUGCAAGUCUGAUCGCUGGAGUAGCAACGAUGUCUGGGUCUUCCUCACGCAGUACACCAACGCUGCCCGCGCCCUCGACGCUUUCAGACACCAGUGUCUCUGGGAGCGAUACAUGGGCACCAUCAAAAGCUGCAUCAUGACGAUGUACCACGACUGAGGGUCCCUCGGGUCUCCUGACCCCCCCACCCAGCGGGGGAGGGAGCGGCGGUGAGCCUUCGCCCUGACGUCGGGAAGGAGUGUCCCCCUCCUGGACAGCAGACUGAUGUGCUUCCCACCAGGAAGGUGCUGCUUGGAUCUCGCUCCUGACGUUUCCUGUUCGGUGGGCGAGGGGCUGGUUUCGGGGCUGGGCCUUUCGGAGAGAGAGGCACGCUGUCGUCUUUGUGAAGCGAGGGACCGUCUCCGAAAAGGGACGUUAUCCCUCUAGGUUUCCCCAGCCCACCCCGACCCCUCCAGCCCCUGGGCCCAGCUCCUAGUUGUACAAUAAAGCUCUGGGUUUGUUCUGA